CGCCACUCUUAGUAUACCCAGAUCAGUCCUUCAACGUCUAUUUCCAUUCCAUAUACCUCCAUAUACUAUUCCUCGGUCUCCUAGCAACAAUGAGUAGCGACUGGACGGAAAAGAACCGGCAGACGUUCGAGAAAAUGUCUCGCAGCUACCGUGCCGACUUCGCAGAGGGACUCAAAAUACUGUUCAAGACCGUUCAAGCGAAACGUGGCUGGGCUAGUGAUAUAUGGACAGAUACCGAAGCAGGAAAGGGGAGAGAAAUCAAGAUGCUUGAAUAUGCAUGUGGCCCAGGGAUGGUCUCUAUGGCGUUGGCGCCGUUUGUCACCCGCAUUAUUGGCAUGGACGUUUCAGACGGCAUGGUUGACGAGUUUAACAAGAAUGCUCAAGAAGAAGGCAUGUCAGACAAAAUGGUCGGAAUCAAAGCCGAUCUUCUAGGGGAGUCUGUGCCGGCUGAAAUCUCGGGACCGGAGUUCUAUGACUUUGAUGUCAUCGUCGUUAGCAUGGCGCUCCAUCACUUCCAGAAACCUGAGUUAGCCAUGAGCCGCCUUGCUGAGCGGUUGAAGAAGGGCGGCGUAUUGACUAUCAUUGACAUAAUCCCAGAGCAUCAGGAUGAUAAGGAUAAUGGACUGCGGCAUGUAACGCCCUCAGAAGUCGCCGAAACGAUACAUAGGCAUGGGUUUAGCCAAGAGGACAUGAAUAAAUUGUACGGGGACGCUGGAUUCGCAACAGGCUUCAAGUAUCAAGUGAUAGAAGAGCCUUUGGUGUUUAAGAAGGGUGACAACGUGUUUCACAGGACAAUUUUCAUGGCUCGAGCUGAGCUCUAGGUUAGAAGUUCAUGAUCUCAUUCCACUAUGGGCUUAGAUAAUGCAUGUUGCACUUUGAAUUGCA